AUGGAAACGGGCAACGCAAUCGUUACGGCCAAUGGUUCGGGGAAGCCAUCCCCGGCUGCUAUUCAGGGUCGUAGAAAAGUGUUGAUCAUUGGUGCCGGCUCUACUGGCCUGGCGUUGGCUCAUGGAUUGAAGAAGGCCGGUAUCCCAUUCCUGAUUUUCGAGAAGGACGAGAGUCCAAUUCGCAAGCGCAACUGGAGUAUGGGAUUGCACUGGGGCUUCGAGCCCCUUGAGUACCUCGUGCCAGCCGACGUUCUAUCUCAAGUGAAAGACGCCCAAGUUGAUCCACAUGUGGCAACCAAAGACAGUGAUCGGCUUCCUCUGAUCAAUGGUCAAACUGGCGAGCUGAUUACCGAAAUCAAAUCAUCCAAGUUUUACCGCUUCCGUCGCGACAAGUUCCGGGCGAUGUUGCUGCAAGGCUUGGACGUGCAGUGGGGAAAGGAUCUCGUCGAUCUCGAAUACUCUCCUGCUGGCGAACGAGUGAUUGCCAAGUUCGGCGAUGGCUCCGAGGUCAUUGGCAGCAUGGUUAUUGCGACCGAUGGUCCCCAUUCGGCAGUUCGCUCUUUGCUUGUUGGUGAAGAGAAUGCAAAGGUGACAGCAAUCGAUUUCGCAUCGACCAUGUGCUUCACCAAGCACACCCGCGAGCACGCACUAUUCCUCCGGGCUCAGCCGCAUCAUCCUCUAUACCAGGUUGGACCCCAUCCCGAUGGAUAUUGUGCUUGGUUGAGUCUGCAUGACGGAGACGACGUUGAACACCCGGAGAACUGGACCUUUUUCCACUACAUCUCGUUCCCCGAGAAACGUGAUGAGGUCAACAACCGUACAAUGCGCGAGCAUGUUGCCCACCAGAAACAGCUUGCGCGUAAUUUUGUGGACCCUUGGCGCAGUGUCUUCGAAUGGAUGCCCGAAGAUAGCGAGGUAUGGUAUUCGAAGCUUCGCAACUGGGACCCCAGUCUGCCCAACCACAAGUGGGACAACCGCCAGGGUCGAAUCACGUUGGCGGGCGAUGCUGCUCAUCCGAUGACAUUCCAGCGUGGUCAGGGCCUCAACCAUGCUAUCCAGGAUGCGUACACCGCGUGCAAGGCAAUCGAAUCUUUCUGGAAUAAGGGUGAUUUUACCAUCGAGCAGCGUGCAGAGGCUAUUCAGCGUUAUGAAGAUGAGAUGAUUGCUCGGACAGGGGUGGAAGUUCGAUUGAGUGAGGAGAACAGUGAGAAGAUGCAUGAUUGGACGAAGAUCAUGAAUAGUCCCACAGUGCUGAAGGGCAUGGCUGUUGAUAAGUAG